AUGGCCCGCCUUCUCGAUGGGAAAGUCGUUAUCAUUACAGGCUGUAGUACCGGGAUAGGGCGAGCUACCGCGAUCGAAUGUGCCCGUCAUGGUGCAAAACUCGUCCUGCACCACAUCGGAGACGCACAAGCGAAAUUAGACAUAUUCGAUCUCAAAAAAGACAUUGAAGCAUUCGAAAAGGGAUCUAAAGAGGUGAGAGCGAUCGAUAUUGCUACAAAUAUCACAGACGAUGGAGCCGGGAAACGCCUUGUUGAUGCGGCCGUGUCGGCAUUUGGGGAAGUCAAUGGUCUUGUCAACAACGCCGGUAUCUGUCAGUUUACAGAUUUCGACGCGGUGACCAAAGACCAAGCCGAGAAGCAUAUGGCCGUCAAUUAUCAUGGCACCUUCGGGAUAACCCAAGCUGUCGUCCGACAGAUGAUCCGCCAAGGUAAAGGAGGCUCUAUCGUCUCCAUUGCCUCGGUUUGCGCAACCGUAGGCUCUGCACAACUAGCCCAUUACUCGGCCACUAAGGCCGCAGUUUUGGGUAUGACCGUCAGCUGCGCAGUCGCGAUGGGUCGUCAUGGCAUACGGUUCAAUGCCGUAAGCCCUGGCACCGUCGAGACAGGCAUGAAUAAAGGAGAUCUCGUGGGGUCGAAGAGGGAAUGGAUGGAAUCUAGGGUACCACUUGGAAGGCUAGGGGUACCGCAGGAUAUUGCAAAGCCGGUCGUCUUCUUCAUCAGCGAUAUGGCGGAGUAUGUUUCGGGGCAGAACCUUAUUGUGGAUGGUGCUUCAACUGUUUAUUACCAAUGA